AUGCUCUUCGGAACAGCCACAGUUUUUGUUUCUCUCCUCCUGCCAUCACUUGGCUUAGCUCUUCCGCGACCCCAACUCGCCGAUGAUGCCUUGGCCACGUUUGUGAAAAGGGCAACACCCGUUGCAGCCUUAGAGGCAGGCUUUGCUGAGAUCGAAGCUAGCAAAACAGAAGUCUCCAUUGCAGCAGUGGCGUCGGUCCGCAAUGAUCUCACCGAUGGCGGCUGCGAUGACAUUAUCGUCAUCUUUGCUCGCGGGACAUCUGGCGAGGGAAACGUUGGAGUCGCAACCUCAGUCGGUCCAAUCUUUUUCGGAAACUUGUCGGCCGCUGAGCCGGGAAGAGUCAUUGUGCAGGGGGUCAAUGACUACCCAGCUACUGUCCUGGGAUAUCUGGGAGGGGGAUCUGACGAGGGCGCUGAAUACAUGGCGGAAAUGGUCACACUGGCUUCCACACAGUGCCCUGGUUCUAAAGUUGUCCUUUCUGGCUUCAGUCAAGGUGCGCAAGUUACGCAUAAGGCAGGAAAGCUUAUCCCAGCAAACCUCUACUCAACUGUUGCGGCAAUCGUGCUUUUUGGCGACCCAGACAAUGGCGACGCGUUCCCUGGUACUCUGAACAAUAAUGUUAAGACUUUCUGCCACGAUGGUGAUUACAUUUGCGAUGGACUACCGAUCAUCACGGAUCAACACGGUAACUAUGCGAACGAUGCACCGGCGGCUGCGGCAUAUGUUGCUGCCAGGGUUUAA